AUGUUGGUCACAAUGGCUCUCAAACGCCGAGCGCGAGCCUGCUCGGCCUUGUCCUCGCUGUUGGUGUUGCUCGGCAUUCUUUGGCUCCCGCUCACGGCAGCACAGCAGGUGUCUCAGGGCCCUUCAUCUUCAGCCUCGUCGACCUCGCCGCUUGCGCCAACAAGCACACGAUCAGCCAUUCCCGGUCGAGCGACAACUAUCUACAAUGCUACUGCAAACAUAGUGGCAUUGAACGAUUCGAUCACAGCACGAUCGCGCAUCGACCUCAACGCUACUCAGGGUGCGUUCUUCAACUUCACCAUUCCUUCAACUGCAUUUUCCGAAGACGUCAAGACCGUGACCGUGUGGACGGCGAUAUCACUAUGCAGCGGGCCAGCUAUUCCGCCUUACAACACUUCCAACUCGACUCUUCUAGAAACUCUGGGCAAAUCAGCAACAGAAGCACGCCGAUCGACGCUUGCCUCGCUCUACCUGUCCGAUAAUGAGCUGUUCCAGCAACCGGGCCCUGCAAAUGCCAGUGUUCUCAACUCCAGGCACAUCGGCUACGCUCUGGGUGGAUCGACCUCCGUUCAGGUUGAUGUGCAACAACAAAGCGAUAACAGCUCUCAAACACUGUGGAUCGGCGUUUGGCCGCCAGCAGAUAGCCGCAAUGUCACACCGGGCACCUAUCAAUUUCAGAUCGUAGCGAGUACGCGCGCCAAGAUGGAGUCGGUCGACUACACACGCCGACCCAGACUGGACGACACGGAUCAGACACGCGCACUGAUAUCCUCUUUCAACUAUACCACAUCCGCGCCUCCCAACCUCGACCUCAUCGUGCUUCCCACCUUCGGCUCCAAUUCGCUCUCGAACGCCGACUACUACAACUCGUCGUAUUGUGCCAUCGCAGAUGCCUAUGCCGACGUGCUCCAGAGCCAACAAAUCUCGAUCAAUAGCAGCGACACAAUCCGAGGCACCCAGGCCAAUGUUCUCGAAGAUACUCGACGCCAAUUUGAGGUGUCUGGGCUGGAUCCCGGCACCAAUUACACCGUCUGGCUGUUUGAGACCAACACGACCAGCCCGGGCUCUGCUCAGAGCGUCUCCACCACGCUCUUCCCGGCCAUCAAGAUGCUCACAAAGCGCAACGACAAUUGUCGACUUGUCUACGACGUUCCCUUUUGUCCCAACGUGGCGUAUUCGAUACCGGUCAACCCGUCAAUAUCCACCGAAACGGCACUUUCUGCUAUUCAAGGAUUCGUGGAUCCGCAGUACACCAACUUCAGCUUGACCAUCGAUACCUUCCCUUGCGCAGAUCCGGACUUUGGCAUGUACUCGUACGUGCAGACGUGCGACAACUGCAAAAAGUCGUAUCAGGACUGGCUGUGCGCUGUCGCCAUGCCGCGGUGUACGGAUCCGUUGGAGGAUCCGGAGACGCAGUCGCGCGCUACCCAGGACGGACGAGAGCUCACCGGUGCACCGACUGGACUCAACACUGAGUUGCUUCCGUACAUUGUCAACCGCAAUGGGAACGGAAGCAGUGCGUUGGAGUCUAGGCAGACGUUCAUUGAUCAGGAGCUGAGACCGGGGUUGUAUGGAGAGCUGUUGCCGUGUAUCUAUACGUGCUACUUUGUGGAGCGCACCUGUCCACCGCUCAUUCAGUGGGCUUGUCCGCUGUGGGACAUCACGGCACAGCGAGAGUACGGUACGUUCGCGGACAGCGGAGCAGAGGGGAUAGGGGCUGCGGAGAAUGGAGGUGCAGGACAGGAUGGGAUGCGUUGGGGUGGGUAUCAGAGAUACAUUGCAACGGACGCGUUUGGCAACGCGUAUUGUAAUUCGAUGGGGGUUGACUUUUUGUUGAGAGAGUCGAACGGUGGUGCGCUGCCACGGUUCGCGAAGGGGGGAAGGACGAUCGUCGCGGGGAUGCUAAUAUCGUUGCUGAUUGUUGUGGCGCUUUGA